AUGGCGGGCGGCCGGCUGGGGGCGGCCUUGCUGGGUCUGCUGGCGUGCUGGGCGGCGGCGCUGGCCCUCGACGUGUCGGUGGGCAAGGCGGCCACCAUCUUCACGCAGAAUGGCUCCGACGUGCUGCUGCCGUGCGCCUUCACGGCCUGCAUCGGCUUCGAGAACGCCGAGUUCUCCUGGUCCUUCAACUCCAGCAAGCUGUAUGCAGGGACCGUGCGCAACAAAAACUCCAGGCCCAUCUGCAAGCUCUGCAACCCACGGGUGCAGCUGCCCGAGGUGACCCUCCACAAAGACAGCAAGGAGUACAACCUGUCUGUCAUCCUCCUGUCUGUGGACUUCAGUGACUCAGGGAAAUACACCUGCCUGGUCAAAAACCCCAAGGAGAAAGGGGCCGAACACAAUGCCACCAUCGCCCUGGUGGUGGUCGUACAGUUGGAGAAGGUGGACAAGACCGUGGCCAAGAUCAUUGCGGCGGUGGUGGGGGGCGUCAUCGGGCUGCUGGUUCUCAUCCUGCUGGUCAAGAAACUCACCCUGUUCAUUCUCAAGAAGAGGAAGGAGAAGAAGUGAUGUCUCGUGAGCUCCUCAGGAAAUGACAACACAGAAAAUGGGCUGGCCGGUUCCAAAGCAGAGCAGAAAUCUGCCCCCAAGGCCUGA